UUCGUUUCUACUGCUCUUCUAUUCCACCACUCUUUUCGUUUUCAAACCCCUUCGAAUUCGCCCGCCCCCCACCUCUCCCUCCAAAAAAAUAAAACCCUAGGAGGAGGGCGAAAUCGGCCCCUCCCACUCGACCUCCUCAAUCCGGUAAUCGGGGAGCCGAUCCGUGCGUACCUCCGCGUCGAUCGCGCGAUUCCGCGCCCGUCGAGCUCCGUCUCGGCCGGAUCCGUGCGCCGUGGGGCUCGGAUUGCGGUGUCAUGUGGGGAGGAGUGGGGCGAUGGGGACGGGAUCAGAUGUGGCCGCGGACGCGAUGAUCUCCGGUGAUGUAGCCGCGGCGGCGGCGGCGGCGGCGCCUCCGAAGAAGGAGCGACAUAUCGUGACGUGGACUCCCCAGGAGGAUGAUCUGCUUCGAGAGCAAAUCGCCCUUCACGGAACUGAUAAUUGGACGAGUAUUGCAGCUCAAUUUAAGGACAAGACCAGUAGGCAGUGCAGGAGAAGGUGGUAUACUUACUUAAAUUCCGAGUGUAAGAAAGGCGGGUGGUCGACGGAGGAGGACAUGCUCUUGUGUGAGGCUCAGAAGAUCUUUGGCAACAGAUGGACUGAGAUAGCAAAAGUAGUCACUGGCAGAACAGAUAACGCAGUUAAGAACCGGUUUUCUACGCUUUGCAAGAAACGAGCCAAGCAUGAGGCCUUGUACAGGGAGAACAAUGGGACAUGCGUCGAUACAAAUAGUAAGGGUGUAUUAAUUCAUAAUGCAUGCCUUGCAGCUGGGACAGGGGAGUCCUCUGUACCCACUAAGCAGAUGAGGUACCAUAUCUCAGAAUAUACGGAGAAUACAAUAACAAGUGAGAGAUUAUUAGGGCAACACCAAAGGGAGGAAGAUCAAUUAAUAAGGCCACCUCUAGCAGUGCUUGUUCAAAAUUUUGACAAUGUGAAUGGCUCAAACACUCAAUCUCAUGUUGAUAAAAGCAUAAAAUAUCCAGUAAAUGAUGAGGGUACAGUUUCAAGCAUCAAGUCCCAAGGUAUUUUUCUCAAGCGGGAUGACCCAAAACUAGCUACCUUGUUGCAACAAGCAGAAUUGCUUAGUUCCCUUGCCCUAAAAGUGAAUGCUGAAGAUACCAACCAAAGUCUCGAUGAUGCCUGGAAGGAGCUCCAAGAUUACUUGAUCCAAACUGAAGAGAGUGGAGCACUUAAAAGGAAAAUGUCAGGAGUGGCUUCUAUAUUAGAUGAUUUUAAAGAAUUGAUCGAGGAUCUAAAAUGCAGUAAAGAAGAAGAUCAGCAGUCACUCAGAAAUAUGAGCAGGCAAACUAAUUCAAACGAAGACUCUCUGAGAUGUUCAGAAUAUAGCACUGAAUUCAGCCCUCAAAAGAAUGUUUCUGGAAAUACAAGUGAACUGAAGAAUGAGGAUUUUCCUCCAAAUGACAGUUUAAUUGCCAAUGUUCUUCACGAAGAUGCCUCUUGUUCCAGCGCUGAACCUUGUCCAGUAGGAGCUUUGCCAUCAUCAGAGAAUGCUUGUAGUUUAUCAAAUAUGGAGUUUGAUUCUCCUGCUCAGACGGUUCAACCCUUUCACUCCUAUGCAGAAGAGAUUCCGACCCCACAAUUUACAGCAAGUGAGAGGCAUUUCCUGUUGACCGUGCUCGGAUCCUCGUCGCCGGCUUCCAACCCUAACUGCUCUCAGCGGCCUUCCUGCAAAAGGGUUCUUCUUGAUAGCCUUUAGCACUGAAGGUUUUAAAUUCCCUUUGGGUAAUUCUAUACUUUAUAGUUCCUUUGUCAUAAUCUUCUUCUACGUUAGUAAUAUCCUAUUUGUGUGUUCUUCUUUGAUCAAUUUUCAUUCCAGAUUCUUCCAUCCAGUUUACUAGAAUGAAUUCCAGGUCUACAUAAGAAGAAACCAGAGUCUAUUCUUCUUUGUCGAGUCUACCUUGUGUGUGUUUACCCGUUGGUUUUCAGCUUACUAGACCUUAUGUCCUAAGUUCUAUUUUUGUUUUCGAGUUUAGAUUUAGCCUUCCUUACUGGUUUGGUUUGUCCACAGCUGUAUAUAGUCUGCAUUAUAAGUCAUAAUGUAGCAUACAACCCGCAUUUUUCAAAAAGCUAUAUGGAUCAAAGAGUUUAGAGUUUGGUCCAUGUUGCGAAUCACAGAAUAAGGAGCGUUCGUUUGGUCUAUGUCAUGUCUGUAAUCAUGUAUUCUCGUUUCUCUAUCAUUUGAGGCUGAUUUCAUUUGGUGUGUAAUUUGUAAUUGUUUGGUGUGUAAUUUGUUUCUAUUUAUAUACUCUUGAGGGCUUUUGAUAUAGUUAUGGAAAUGAAAAGCAUAUAUGUUUUCCUUUUUUUUUUUUA